GCAGACGCGCCAACGCUCAGCUGAUCGCCGUGGUGGUGGUGGUGGUGGGCAGCGGGGCGACUUUACUCAGGUGGACCUCCAACCUCCUCGCCUCCCUAGCAGUGCAGGGACCCAUGGGGCGCCACACCAGUGACUCCGACAGCGACCGGGUGAGCAGGAGGCGCAGGAGAAGCAGAUCCCGAAGCAGCAGCAGCACAAGUUCAAGGAGCCGCCACCGGCACCAUAAGAAGUCCAGGAGACGUCGUAGACACUCCUCCAGCAGAUCCCUCAGCCACUCCCGCAGUGCCUCACCCAGCAGAAGCAGGUCUCGGUCAGGCAGCCGUGACCGGUACAGGCGUCGCCGCAGUCACUCACGGACUCGAACUCGUUCACACUCAAGAGACAGGUCAAGUCGCAAGCACAAGAAGUCUAAGCACAAGAGACGUAAACGCAGCUCAAGUUCCGACUCAGACCGGAGUGACAGAUACACCAAAUCCCGCUCAGCUAGAAGCAGCCUGGACCGUGGAAGUCGGGGAUCAACACGAGAUCGGGAUCGGGACAGAGACCGUGACCGAGAUCGAGAUCGCAAGGAAAGAAACAAGGAAAGGAAUCGAGAUAGAGAACGAGAUAAUGAAAGAGAGAAAGAAAAUGAAAGAGACAUUAAGGUUUUGUCUCCAGUACCUGAGGAAGUUCCUGUUUUAAAGAAUCAAGAUAUGUCAGAAUCUGAAAAGCUGGCAUAUAGUCGGGCUGUUGAGGAAAUCGGUGAAGGAGGAUUUGUACAGCAGAAUUUCAAGUCGAGUAGAGGGGAUAAAGCCACCAACACGAAGGACAAGAAGGAAGAUGGAGAAUUCAACUUUGGGACUCAAGCUGAGUUGUCUUCUAGGCAAAGCAAAUUUAUCCCCCUUAGUGAUGACAGUCUCUUCAGUCCUCAUUUAUUUGGAGACCCAGAGGAACGAGAAGAAAAAUACCUAAGAAGAAUUUUUUCCUUGCGUCAGAAGGCUCUUCUUGGGGAGCCUAUCUAACUGUAUUACACCUUCUGUAUAGAAGGUUAAAAGUAAGAUGAAUCUGGGAUACAUGACCUUACAUCCAGCAGAACCCUCAUCAGUGACUUACCACACCCAACUUCAUCUGAGUUAUCUCCACAGUCAUCUUCUCCAUCACAGUGGUAUGACUUUCGAAUGCACUUGGCAUUGCUGCAGUUAAACUCGUCAGAUGUGCACACACGAUACUUCUGGUUGCAUGAGAUGCCUUCAUCUGAGCCAUCACCACAGUCGUUGUCAAAGUCACAUUCCCAGUCCUGUAAAAGUGUAACUUCUUAAAAAGAUCUGGGAACAUAAUGUUAAAGAAUACAACUUAAUCUUUGAAUAAAGUGCUUAUUCUCACGACUUCAAUUAGUUCUAUACAUGUGUGUACUGUACUGUACUGUACUGUGCUUUACUUUAUUAUAUGUACAGUAACCAUUUUAUGUAUUUACAUGCAUUAAACUUAACACAAAAGUUAUAUAA